AUGCCCUGGUGGGACGGCGAGUACUCGGACAAGACGGACGUGUUCAGCCUGGGCGUGCUCCUGUGGGAACUGUUCUCUGGGAAGAAGCACCCCACCCCACUGCUGUGCGUGCCCCGUCGCUGCGAGCAUGCUUUGCUCGACGACCCGGAAACACCGCGAGCCCGGUUGGUCAGCCGGCCGCCUCUGAGCGACGCCGGCAUCGUGGCUCUCUCGGUCGGCCGAGAAUUGCAAAGCCUUGCCGAGCGUUGUUGCCAACUUGCGUCUGCCUCGCGGCCGUCAGCAGCAGAGGUGAUGCGCGAGCUUCAGUACCUGCACUCGACUGUCUGA